UGGCAUUCAUGGAGACCAGCCAGAAUUACGCCAUAGCAAGGCCCAGGUUUUUUCACCUAAAAACUCAUAGAAUCACUUCUUUUGGGAUAAUUGAGUUUCAAAGCACUAUUGACUAACAUAUCUAUACCCGAAAGGUCCCAAUUUUUAUCGGGUUGAGUCACUCUGAGAUUGAGCGACUUCAAUAUCAAACUUUAAGACCUGGAGCGACCCUGGUCCGAUCUUUCUGUAUAACCUCUCACAAGUACAUCAGUGCAGACAUCGUGGAGAGACUUCGACAACCUCAUACGAUCAUGCCAGCUGUGACUAUGGCUGAAAACACUACUCUAAACGGCGAUUCUCGUCAACAUUAUGGUCAGUAUUUACCUUUACCAUUGCAUGCUUCCUUCAGCAUCUCCCUCUUCUCUUCCCUCUUCCUUCAUCCCUUUCAUGCCCUUCUCCCCUCAUUAUUAUAGAAGACCGGUGACUGAAUACCUGUAAGAAAGAACGCAAUCACAGCCCGAGAACCCGUUCUCUGCUCUCAUUCCUGAGCAGCAGAUAGCGAUUGUUCCAGAAUUCACUCUCGAGUCCGGGGUUACACUCUAUAACCUACCGGUUGCUUAUACAACUCGCGGCAAACUCAAUGAAGAGGGCAAUAAUGCCAUGGUAAUCUGCCAUGCUCUCACUGGAAGUGCCGAUGUGGGCGACUGGUGGGGUCCUCUACUUGGAGGUCCUGGUCGAGCUUUUGACACUUCGAGAUUCUUUAUUGUUUGUAUGAACAGUCUUGGCAGUCCUUAUGGCACUGCAAGCCCAGUAACCGCCAAGGAUAAUGAUCCAAGCAAGGGCCGAUAUGGACCCGAGUUCCCUCUCACCACAAUUCGAGAUGAUGUCAACCUUCACAAGCUCAUCCUUGAUGAUCUAGGCGUGAAGCAACUUGCUGCCGUUGUUGGAGGUUCUCUUGGUGGCAUGUUUGUGCUUGAGUGGGCAUACUUUGGCAAGGACUAUAUCCGAUGCAUCGUCCCUAUCGCGACCUCAAGCAGACACAGCGCCUGGGGUAUCAGCUGGGGUGAGGCUCAACGACAGAGCAUCUACGCCGACCCCAAGUACGACGAUGGAUAUUAUUCCUUCGAUGACCCCCCUUCCACUGGUCUAGGUGCGGCUCGUAUGUCUGCUCUGCUCACAUAUCGAAGUCGUAACUCUUUCGAGUCCAGAUUUGGACGCAACAUCCCUGACCCAUCCAAGGUCCAAACCAUUGGAGGUCGACCUCGCCCCUCAACUCCCUCAGAGGCACACUUCCAUAUUCACAACGAUGGCCAUGUUGUAAAGCGUACAUCGAUAUCUCGUCAGAACAGCACAACUGAUGCAGCCUCAAGUGCUGAGUCACCUGCUCUGCCCGACAGCGUGGCGGAUCCCCAAUUCCAUGGACCUACCAAUAGCAGUCUCACUGGAGGAGAGAUGCCUCAGUCACACUAUUUCUCUGCCCAGUCGUAUCUACGAUACCAGGGACGUAAGUUCGUUACGCGAUUCGACAGCAACUGCUACAUUGCCAUGACUCGUAAGUUGGACACGCAUGACGUGUCACGCAACCGAGCAGACACCAUUGCAGAUGCACUAGCUAUGAUCCAACAACCCACGCUUGUUUUGGGAAUUGAGAGCGAUGGCCUCUUCACUUUUGCUGAGCAAGAGGAGAUCGCACAGCACGUACCUAAUGCACGCCUCGAGCGAAUCGAGAGUCCUGAGGGUCACGAUGCAUUUUUGUUGCAGUUUGAGCAGGUCAACAACUAUGUUCUCUCAUUUUUCAAGGAGGUCUUGCCUGAUAUCAUGUUUAAGGAUGGCGAAGCACCUGAGGAGGCCAGUGUUGGACAAAUCACCAAGUCGAGCACAUUUGGAGAAGCUGAAGUUGAGGAUAUUACUGCUUGGUAGAUUGCUUGGAGUAAUAUCAGGAUGGCGCUCGAUGCCGUACCGCAGAAAACAUUAGACAAGAAUGAAAAUCAUGAUGACGAGUUUGAAUAUGCACAAUUGGAUUGUUAAUGCGUUGUCUUCUAACCGAGUGAUUGCUUCAUCGAAUCUUAUGUCAGACCAGGCUGUCUUGUGACGAUUUCUAGGCACGAAUAGCAUGCAACAUC